CGCGCCAAUAAUCCUCCUUCCCGGGUCAUACCCGAAAAGAUCCUCUCAUCUCCUUCACUUCACCUCGUGCUCCUCCUCGUCUCUCCUCCCACCUCCUCGCUCCCACAUUCAUCCUCUAAUGGCGGACAUGGUCCACGAGCUCCCCACCUUCUCUCUCGGCCUCGACUCCGACUGUGAUUCUCCUCCGGCGAGUCCUAAUCUGCAACGCCACGACCGGGCAAUUGGUGACGGUGGCGAAGACGAGGACUUCAGAUCCGUGGACGAUCCGCCCCGGACCCUCCGGCGUCUCCAGCGUGGGUUUCGCCCGAGGUCCGCAUGUCCGAGCCCAACUGCUAAGGUUGAUGACGACAUUGAGGAGUUCUCUUCAGACGAAGAGAUGGGCACAGCCGGGAAGCUGUCAGCUCGAUAUCAUUCACUAUGCAGCAGUUCCAAACCGCCACUAAAUCGAGGAAGCAGUAUAACUGCAGUUAAGAGUAGCCGCCUGAAGUCCACAAAGCCGAAACAACCCUCGAAUGAUACAGGGACUGCCAGUCAACAAGGAAGCUGCAGCAGGCUGUUCCAAACCUCAAUUGCUAAUAGCCCUAUUCGAAGGUUUGUCCUGGUCGAUUCUGAUUCCGAUGAUCCAUCAGUUCAAGAAGAAGCUAACAACCCCGGCAUGUCGUCCAAAAGAAAAAUAGAAGCGUCCUUUGAUAAGCCUGGGGACGAGGACUUCUGGAAAGAUUUCCAUCAAAUGAAGAGUUCUCGUAUUUCAACGCCCACUUUCGAUGAGUUUUGUACGGAAUACUUCCAUUCUGUAAAGGAUAAUAAAAACAAAAUGCAGAAACCAGAGACCUAUUCAAGCCCCGGUGACAAUUUAAGCUGUCUUCGGCCGAGCAGCAGCAGGGAAAAUGGGCAGACUCCUCUCCCACCAUCUCAUCAAUAUUUUUUCCAUUACGACUUGAGAAUCCAGAACUUGGUUCGGUCGCGACUACCAUACUUUUUCCCACUUGGUGGCGGCAAUAACAGGGAAUGCGAGCAGUCCAGUACUUCGGUCAUCGAUUACAUGAGUCAGUUUAACAGUGGAGAGCCUUCUCAAAAGCUAGGAAAACAGAAGGUAUCUACGAAGAAAGGUUCACGGGCCAAAGGCAAAUCAGGAGCUUCUAAUACCAAGGAACCCGUGUGUGUUGACAACUGGGUAAACCCAAGAAGUUCUGUCACUAUUCCAAUGAAUGCAGGAAAACGGAGGGUCUGUGCCAAUGGGAAAUCUGCUAGUCAUUGGUAUACAGGGCAAGAUGGGAGAAAGGUCUACAUUACCGGAAACGGUCAGGAGUUGACGGGUUCAGCUGCAUAUAGGCAUUACAGGAAGGAAAGCGGAGGAGGGUCGAGAAAGUCAAGAAAGAAACCAAAGGCCAAUAAGAAGGCUAAGCGUUGACGCUGAGGCAGCUGCAUUGAAUCUCAUCAAUAUUGUAAAAUAUGCUUGGCCUCUGCAGGAUAUAGUCUUCAAUCUCAGCUGGCGAUAUAAAUUUUGUUCGAAUUAUACCCGUUUUGAGAAGCAGAAGAAAUUGGGUCCAAAAAACUUUUAUCAUUAAUAUAACGAAAUGAUAUUGCCCGAAAAAAUUCAUAAUCGCACAACAUUGUUUCGAUGGAAACUCACCUAAGCUAUCAAGUAAACAUCACAUUUCCUGGACAGCAUCUAUCAAUCUCCUGCUCUCCCAGUCCUCGUACAUUUCUAUAUCCACACCUCAAUUUGAAGAAGAAAUUUACAUUGGGAACCCGUAUAAAAACAAAACAAAUUCAUCAAGGACAAUCGAAGGUAAACAAGAAGGGCAAAAAACA